AUGACCAAAAACCAGAUAUUGUUCUCGGUCGAUAACCAAACACCGUUCACUCUAGUCCCAAACCCAACAACAUUCAGUGACUGGGGCGACUUUGCCGCAGGCCCUACAACAGUCAAACCUUUCCAGAAAGGAGAAGGCGGCCAUGUAAUGUCUUCGCAAUCACCGUUCGUCGGCUCCGCAGGAAUCGUUGGAUAUUCACUCACGAGCAAAAACGGCGCCACCGUUUACAUUCGCCUUCUUGCAAGCAACCCUUACCUGAGCGUUCGUGACAACUGGGCGUGCGUGUCAUUCGCCUCCUUCGACCAGAGUAUCAACCAGGACGCUUACAAUCACCAUUAUUAUAACGAACCUCGCCAUGCCAGCACGGAAUUUGAAGGAAGGACCCUUAAACUCACUUCGAAUAUUGGCCAUGCAGACGCGGCGACGGCAACCUUCGUUUUGACUUACGUGUAA